CUCUCGUAGAUGCCUUACCAGCCUGUGGCACCGAGGCAUGUGUUAGCCUAAUGAAGGAAAUUAUAAUUUCAAAGGAAGUAGAAGAUGAAAAGGUGGAAUCUUUCCUGCAGUCUCUGCCAUUUAUUCCUGAACCUACUUUUGGAAUGAUAAGUGCUCUUGCUGUCUUGUUGCACUCAUCAGAAGUCCGAGAGAGUUUGCUUUUGGGCAUAUCCUCCCUUGUGCAUACCAUGUGUACAAAAAUUACAGAGUGUGAGACUGUGCCUGAGAUACAGGCGUUGAUGAAGACUUUGGAGAAGUUUCUUGGAGUAGACUGCAGAACAACAGAACCAACGGAUAUAAGAAAGGUGCAGCUGGCACUGAAAGCAAUUGGAAAUGCGGGACAAGCUGCUGCCUCUUUGACCGCCACUCUAAGUAACUGUGCAUCUUCCCAAACAAACCCAUCCGAAAUACGACUAGCUGCCAUUGAAGCUUUCCGACGUAUUCCUUGUUCUGCUGACAGAUCUGUUUUAAUUCAGUUAUAUCAAACUAUGGAUGAUAGUUCGGAUAUUAGGAUUGCAUCAUAUUAUACUGCUAUGCGAUGCCCCAGUGACGGACUCUUUGAUAUCAUCAGACAAAUUCUCCAAAAUGAAACAUCAACUCAAGUAAAUGCAUUUGUAUGGAGCCAUCUGUCCCAGAUAAUGGAAACAAGUGACCCUGCAAAGCAACAACUUCGAAAUUCCCUUCCAGAUGACAUCAUCAGCAAAGACUUUGACAUGGAAGUGUGGAAAUACUCAUCCUACAGGGAUGCUACAUUCCAUGCAGGUAUUGUACUAAUAUACACAUUCCAUGCAGGUAUUGAGUCGUUAGAUAAGGACGAUACCCAGGACAAACAACCAAAAUCUUCAAAGACUUCAUCUGGCUCGCUGCCGAAGAAAAGCUCAUCAACCACUAAGGUCAAAGACAAAUCAUCUACCUUGGCACCACAAAUAUUGCUGAUGGUUGUGUUUGUUGGUAGGAGCCGGUCCCCGGUUUUGGAGCCGGAAUCUCCUACCCUUAAGUCACCCAUUCUUCAAUCGGUAGCUUCUUCUGUAGCUUCUUCUCGAUUCUCAAGACUUUCUGACAUGGAUGUUGAUCAUGUGGUGCAGAGGCUUCUGCAGACACCGGCGCUGGCCAAACUUUUGUCGGGGUCAACCCUUGGGGCUCUGGAACCGACCAGGACUCAGCCUGCUACUUCCGUUCCUCCUCUGAUCUGA